UGUUCUCGAAAGAGUGAAGUUUGAGUGGACAAAGUGCCGGUUGGUUAAUUAAAUUUUUUAGGUUUUUAGUGUUUAUAUAGGUCUAGUGGAUGGUAAAAUUUGCCCUACGAUAUAACUUUAUUGCAAGGGAAUAUUUGUGAUAUUUUUAUUUACAAAAGUGAUUCUUCCUAGCCUAUUUCAAAUAAUAGUCAAGGAAUUGAAAACUCCUAGGCUGUCAGAGAUUGGAAACUUUUAAAAAUAAUCAAAGUUAUUAUACAGUUUAUGCAAAUGUGAUGAAAGUCUGUGAUACAAUCUACAAUAGUAUUGAUAUGUAGAUGUAUAGUAACUGCAAUCAAUGACUAUUUUUAGUUAAUAAAGUGUUCUUCUAGUGGCUUUAAAACAUUUGAAACGUUUUCAUAGAAGUUUUAACGCUUAUUCAAAGUACUAAUGUUUUUCAAUUCUAAGAGCGAACCGGAAACAAAUGGUGUCGAUCUGAAUAUGUGUGUUCAUGCAGCAAAAAGUGACAGUGAAGUUGAUGUGGACAAUGUUGAUGUUUUGUCACGGUUUAGUCUUCCGCUAUGUUCUCGUGAUGUGAAAGUGCGUGAAACAGCUUUGGCUGCGAUAGAACACCGCUUGGAUCAGUGGUUACCCGAUUGCUCCUCUAUGCAGAAUGGAACAAGUAUUGCUAACGGAGCAGGAGACCACUGGCAGCAAGUCACACUCCAUGUGCCCACUUUGUUGCGGUUGUCCGUGUCAUGCCCAUUCCGUGAUGUCCGGAUCAAGUGUUCCCAGAUCUUACAUACCAUUAGUGAGCGAGGAUUUAGUGUUCCGUUCAACACAACAGGUCAAGGUGCCAGCAGUUUUAUUCCUACCCAAGAACUAUCCUCCUGGGAUACUGUGGACGUCCAGACGCAUGUUCUGCUGAUAGACGCAUUCCUGCAGAAUAAUCGGCUGGACCAUGUGACCCAAGUGAUGGGAUACCAUCCCAAGUAUCUGGACGUGUUCCUGCGCACGCAGAAUUUCAUCCUGCGUGGUGAUGGCCCCCUACCAUACGACUACAGGCAUUACAUUGCCAUCAUGGCAGCAGGCAGGCACCAGUGUAGCUAUCUGAUACAGCUGCAGAAGCAAGAGUUCAUCAUGCAGGGAGGAGACAAGACCUGGCUCAAAGGGCUGGCUUACACCCCCCAGAAGCUGAGGAAUCUGUACGAGAUCAACAAGAUCCUGGCUCACAGACCGUGGCUCCUCAACAAGUCUCACAUACAGAAACUGACGAAAGGCUCGAACAACUGGUCGCUGUCAGAGGUGGUGCAUGCCAUCGUGUUGCUAGUCCACUUCCACUGCCUGUGCAGCUUUGUUUGUGGCUGCGGUGUGCGUGAGGAGCUGGACCACACACCGACGUCUGAGCGCACACAGGAGUAUGCCACACAGCAGGACACCGGUGAGCCUGAGGCAGGGGUGGGUGUGGACACGCUCAUGCAGCGCAUGAAGACUCUGUCUGAGCAGACGGAGGAGUUCAGUGCGGAGGAACGAGCUAAGAGGUUUGAGCGUGUCGAACGUCAGAGCGUGGAAUUGGGGACAAGUGCUGGACUUAGGGUCAGACCUAGCAUCGAACACUUUGUGGAAGACCCAAGCUUCAUGUAUGAGGACUUUGCUCGCCGCGGGGAGGACUCACCAAUACCCACCUUCAGGGUCCAGGACUAUUCGUGGGAUGACCAGGGAUACUCCCUGGUGAACCGUCUGUACAAUGAUGUUGGAAACCUGCUGGACGAUAAGUUCAAGACUGCAUACAACAUGACCUACUACACCAUGGGCGAUCGUAGAGAUGUCGACACUUCUCGCUUCAGACGAGCUAUCUGGAACUACAUCCAGUGUAUGUUCGGAAUCAGGCACGAUGAUUACGACUAUGGGGAAGUGAAUCAGUUGCUGGAGCGUUCUCUCAAAUCCUUCAUCAAAUCCACUUGCUGUUUUCCCGAGCGCAUCACGCGGGCCGACUACGACCGUGUUCUGCGAGAGUUCAAGCACAGUGAAAAGGUCCAUGUAAACAUCAUGGUGUUAGAAGCCCGGAUGCAGGCUGAGCUUCUGUAUGCACUGCGCGCAGUCAUGCGCCACAUGACGUAACAUGUGCACGCCAACUUGCGUUGGGACUAUUUUAAUCAACAUGAUCUAAGAUUAGUAGGUUAUGUGUUAAUAAUGUGUAAGUUUUAAUAUGUAAACAUGAGAAUUUGUGAUCUAAGAUAUAAGCCUGCAAUGCAAAGAUGUUUUGUACUGCAAAGAUUUAUGGUUAGGAUUGGAUUUGACGGGCUCAUAUUUUUGCCAUACUCUGUUUAAAAAAAGUAUCGUUAUGUUACACCAAUCAGUAUGCUCAUAUGUUUAGUGAAGAUUGAUUCAAUCACAAAUUAGGUAAUUGUAUCUGAGCACAUAAUAUUGUACUUCAUCUUAUGGUAAGAACAAAUUCUUCUCAUUACAUUCUACAUAUAAUGAACCAGUAUAUUUCAUUUCUAAUUUAUAUCGAAUUACAAUGUUUUAGCUUAAAGUAGUAAUGCAUUGAAGACAUUUAUGUAUAAAACCAAAUUGUAUAAUCAAUAUUUUAAUGUAUUAUUAAAUUUUAUUGGAAAUUUAUUUAUAUUAACUUAUUUACUAUUAAUAUUAGUUAUCAGAAUUUUAGAAUGAAACAGUGAUAUAGAGUAAAAAUGUUAUAGCAUGAGCGGUGUCACCUUUAGCCAUUUUUAUUAUAUUUAAAAAAUACAUUGAUUAUUAAAAUUUGUCAUUGCAACAUUUCUUCUCUAAUAUUACCAUUAUAUUGUGUUUAUUUUUGAGAUACAAUACUUUAACUCAAUUUUUGUUUUGAUAAAGUUCUACAUUUAUAACAGUUCUAACAUUUAACUGAAAAUAAAGUAAUUUCUUAUGAUAGGAAAUUUUAUAUAUUUUUUAUGACAUAAUUGGUGUUAUUUGCAUAAUCUUAAACACAUCAAAAUAAAUAAUUCAAAACAAUGUACCAAAAGAAACAAAUUAUUAUUGUUUGAAAUCUUCCAAGUAUCUGAUUAUCCUACGUUUUCACAAUUUCUCUUCAAUGAGACAAUAUCGUUCCAUUAUUUAUUAUCAAUCAAUUUUGCUCACUCCAUAUCAGAAUAUGAAACAGAAUGAAGUGUACAAUUAGGACCUGUAAUACUGCUAUUGACAUGUUUCAAAUUUGGUCUUAAAAUUCAUUGUCGAAGAGAAGAUUUUGAAACUAACAAAGAUACUUUGGAUGCAGUAGUAUUACAUAUUAGUUUUUAAGAUAGGAACAAGUGUGUUUUAAAUAUUCAGAGGACUUUGCCAGUAGUUGCUUGAUCUCAUCAUUACAAGUACAUUUUCAUUAGUUUAAGUACCUUAAGGAGUAUUUAUAUUAUUCUACUUGAGCUUUUUGAUCUACGAUCUGUCUGAAGGAGCAGUAACACAAAUAUAUUCUCAGUAAUGAAUUUUUUUCUGUUUUUGGUUUUUUAUUUAUAAAAAAUUGUUUUUGUCCAGUGUUGUUUUAAAGUACAAGUUGGCUGUAAAGUAACUCCAUAUUUCCUUUAAAAAUGUAUAUACAUUUAACUAAUUCCAGAAACAAAUUAAAUCAAACAUUUAAGCAGGGAUUAAUAUAAUGUAUUACACAAAUUCAACUUAUAUGUCACACAUUUUCAACUGAUUAUGAACAAAAUAUAAUGGAACAUUAUUAAGAUAAUAUCUUAUUGCAGGUUUAAAAUCCUGAAGGGCCUUAUGUAAACUUCUUCUAUAUGAAGUAGUCCACCCUCACAUAAAUCUUAAAAUCAAGACAGGAUAUUGUGAUGGUCAGUAACAGGGCCGUACUUAGCUUGGCAGGCUGUGGAAAAGAUAUUAGCCCCUUCAUGUACCACCAGGGUAAAAUUGUCUGAACUGGUCUGGUCAGUUAUAUAAGCCAGCUUAAACCAGUGUACAAGUUAUUCUGAACAGUUGGCUUGUAAUAUGCUGUCACUCCAUCUUGUAUAAACAUUACUAAUAUAUAUCCCCCAGUGAAGCUUCUGGCCACAAACAAAAUGCCUGUACAAUAUUAAAAUACAUGUUACAACUCAUAGUAUAACGUAAAAUGAAUGGUAAAGAAAUUUAUUAGAUACAAACCCACACUAUAUUUAAAGUUGAGACCUUGUUUCUAUUCUGUCACUGCUAAACAUGGAACAGAGCUUCACCUGACCGGAAAAUGUUACUAAGGAGCAUUGCUCCUCCCAAGCAGCGUUCCCUUUGAGAAUCCAAUGUGAAUGUCACAGUCCUCAUCAAACAGUUGCUACCUAUAAUUAAGUCUCUAAGGUUGGAAUUUUGUUGUUUCUAAUCUUAUCAACCAUAUACCUAUUAAAUAUAAAUUCUCUUGCGCCCUGUCAUAUUGACUUCUUGGGUUUCACUCAAACAUAGCGUAACCUACAUUCAAAUUUUCAUGAUUGUUUAUUGAUAAACUUCUGGAUCUGUUCUUAUUUCUAACACUACCAAUUUUAAACAUUUACUAUGACAAUGUUUAAUUGGUUUUGCACCAAUUGUUGUAUUUGUCCAAUAUUGUUAUCUCCACAAUCUCUGGCCCUGAACAGACUCCCACACUUAAUCUUGAGACAAUGUUUAACAUGAGCCUAAGAAUAGUAGUAAACAACUUUUAAUCAGGUGACAGUAAGUCACUGAAACUCACACAAACCAAAUGGAAUUUUAAUAAUUAACAUUUAAAUUUCGAAGUGUCUUUACAGCCUCCAUGAAGUAAUGUAUGAUUGUUCCAAUAAUUAAUAUACUAAAUUAAAUAAAAACUAAUUGCAUUUUCCAAGAAAGUAUGUAGGUAAAAUAAAAGAAAUCCAAUGCAGUGUUUGAAUUGACAUUUAUUUCCGACUACAUUAAAUAUUAGGACAGGUGUCAAAUGUUUUUUCCCGUAGUAAAAUGUUUUGAACUGAACAAUUAAAUGAUAAUUUGAAACAUUGUUCAGAAAUAUGCUAUUUGCAAGUCCUCCCCUUCAAGUCAGUCACACAUCACAGAUGUUUUGUUCGUGUCUGUGAUUGAAUUUUCAUGUGAUAGUAGACUCUCAUUUAGCUUUACUUUAUGGUUACUUUCUCACAUCUCCGGUGUUAAGUAUAUAACAAAACAAAGCCAAAUAGUCAAAGUUAGUAUAAAAGCUCUAAAAAUAAUUUGUAAAGGAAAUUAUGGCUGUAGCUUUAUUUAUUGUCACCGAAAGAAAUGUGAGAAGGUUAGGGCAAGCUCCACUCUGAGGGGACAUUUUAUGUUAAGUUAAUCUCAUCACUAUUAAUAUUUUUAUUUGUUUUCAAAAUAUGUUAAGAUUUAAGAAAUUUUGUAUGUUUGAAGAAUACUGUUAAAGAUUUUGUCACUGACACAAAUUUUAUUGCUGUUACGUUUGUGUACGAAUUGCAGUGACACUUUCAAAAAUAAAAUAUUUUAAGUUUAUA